UCUCAGCUGGGGCUGGAGCGAGGCGUCGGGAUGCAGCGCCCCGGGCCCUUCAGCACCCUCUACGGGCGGGUCCUGGCCCCGCUGCCCGGGCGGGCCGGGGGCGCGGCCUCUGGAGGAGGCGGGAACAGCUGGGCCCUCCCGGGCUCCCUCGUGCAGCUGCCGGGGCGUGAACAGUCCGGGACCCGAAGUGGUACGGGCGCCUUAAGCACCAGCGGCCCGGACUCCAACAGGGUCUGUCCGGCCCAAUCCACAAUGUCCAAGGCCGAGGAGGCGAAGAAGCUGGCGGGUCGCGCGGCCGUGGAAAACCACGUGAGGAAUAACCAGGUGCUGGGAAUUGGAAGUGGUUCCACAAUUGUUCAUGCUGUGCAGCGAAUAGCUGAAAGAGUGAAGCAAGAGAAUCUGAAUCUCGUCUGCAUCCCCACUUCCUUCCAGGCCCGGCAGCUCAUCCUACAAUAUGGCUUAACCCUCAGUGACCUGGAUCGACACCCAGAGAUUGACCUCGCCAUCGAUGGUGCUGAUGAAGUAGAUGCUGAACUCAAUCUCAUCAAGGGUGGUGGAGGCUGCUUGACUCAGGAGAAGAUUGUGGCUGGCUAUGCCAGUCGGUUCAUUGUGAUUGCUGAUUUCAGGAAAGAUUCAGUGAAUCUUGGGGAUCAGUGGCACAAGGGAAUCCCUAUUGAGGUCAUCCCAAUGGCCUAUGUCCCAGUGAGCCGAGCUGUGACCCGGAAGUUUGGGGGUGAAGUUGAACUUCGAAUGGCUGUCAACAAGGCAGGUCCUGUGGUGACAGAUAACGGAAACUUUAUCCUGGACUGGAAGUUUGACCGGGUGCACAAAUGGAGUGAAGUGAAUACAGCUAUUAAAAUGAUCCCAGGUGUGGUAGACACAGGUCUGUUCAUCAACAUGGCUGAGAGAGUGUACUUUGGGAUGCAGGAUGGCUCGGUGAACAUGAGGGAAAAGCCUUUCUCUUGACCCUCUAAGGAGCCAUGUGCUCACCUUCAGUCUCUCCAGCCACAGCCAAGGUGGAUGUCUCUCUCCUGGAGCCUUUGCCUUAAUGUAUCCUGCCAGGGCGGACAGUUGUGGGAAGUGGGGAGAAGUUAAAUCAGUCUUCUGAAGUAUUGUUAUUAUGUGUCUUUUUAAAAAGAAAUUUAAACAUAUAUAUUUUUACUAUUAAAAUAUUCAAUUUUUUUAUACAGUAGAACUUGAUUUCAUGUUUUAUAUGAAACAUUUACCAAAAAAUAAAAACGAACAAGAGAGUACAGGACUGUCUUAGAUAUCUUCAACUCUAGCCUGUUGAUUAAGCUUCUGAAUUAUUGGGUUUACUGAGAAAAAUUACUAUCUUUGAAGUUGGUGAAAUGAAGGGCAACUGGCAGUGACUUCCUGAUGCCUUACUAGACACAUUGUUUACUUUCCUGCCACUUUGUUUGGUUUUGAGGUAGCUUUCAUUGUGAUCACGCACAAUAUCUACUCACAUUUUAAGGUCAGAUUGACAAAAGACUGGGGUGGAGCAGUGUGGUGUAGUGAUUUGGAAUGAGGGACUUCUGCUGUGACCCUGGGGCUUGUUCAGAUCCCUGCUAUUGGAAGCAGUUGGCCAGAAAUACUUGCCAAUACUGCCAAAGCACUGCAGUAUAAUGUGAAAUACUUUUUUUUUUUUAAAUGAUAUUCUUUCUGUUAAUAUUUUUACUGUUCUUUUAACAUUGCAUGAUUUGGCGUCAGACGUCAUAACUUCAUGUGGUUUGAAAGUUGAAAUAAAGAAGUGUUGUGCCAUUU